AGACAAAAUGCAUAUAAAUGAAGGCGAUAUCAGUUUAGAAAUGAGUGAUAUAGAAAUUAUAUAUGAAGUAUCAUUACAAUUCCCUGGACUGUCUACAUCAUCCCAUACAAAUAAUUGGCAAAAACAAAAAAGAACUGGAAGAUUAGAAGAUAACCCGUAA